AUGUCCGGGACUCCACCAGCCUCCUUUGUUUUGGGGGACUAUGUGGUCUUUGCCCUGAUGCUGCUGGUGUCUGCUGCAGUGGGGGUGUACUAUGCUUGGACAGACCGGCACCAGCAGAGCUCAGGGGACUUUCUGACUGGGGGACGGAGACUCCACGCUCUCCCUGUGGCCAUGUCCCUGACGGCCAGCUUCAUGUCCGCCAUCACCGUGCUGACCACCCCAGCAGAGGUGUAUCGCUUCGGAGCCAUCAUUGCCUUUUCUGGCUUUUCGUAUUUGUUUUCAAUGAUAGUGACAUCUGAGAUUUUCCUCCCAGUUUUCUACAGGCUGGGGAUUACAAGCACAAAUGAGUAUCUAGAGCUGCGGUUCAACAGAGCGACUCGUCUGUUGGGUACUUUACUGUUUAUUGUGCAGACGGUUCUCUACACUGGGAUAGUCAUUUACACCCCUGCCCUCGCUCUGACUCAAGUAACAGGCAUGAAUCUAUGGGGUGCUGUAGUUUCCACAGGAGUUGUUUGCACCUUUUACUGCACACUGGGAGGCUUGAAGGCAGUAGUAUGGACUGAUGUGUUUCAGGUCGGUGUCAUCUUUGCGGGCUUCCUUGCUGUCAUUAUCCGCACUGUGAUUUUACAGGGAGGCAUCUUACCCAUUAUCAGAGAUUGUCAAGAAGGAGGGAGACUCAACUUCUGGGACUUUGACAUGAAUCCUCUGAGGCGACACACUUUCUGGACUAUUACUAUCGGUUCAACAUUUGUGUGGUCCAGUAUUUAUGGGAUCAAUCAGGCCCAGGUUCAACGGUACAUUUCCUGCAAAAGUCUUACUCAUGCCAGACUAUCUCUGUAUGUGAACCUGUUGGGUCUCUGGUGCAUCAUGUUUUGCUCUGUCUUUGCUGGAUUAUGUCUCUUUUCUGUCUACAAGAGCUGUGACCCCUGGACCAUUGGACUUAUCUCAGCACCAGAUCAGUUAAUGCCUCAUUUGGUCAUGGACAUCUUAGCAGGCUACCCUGGACUUCCUGGGCUGUUUGUAGCAGCUGCCUACAGUGGAUCAUUGAGUACAGUGUCUUCCAGCAUUAAUGCUUUGGCAGCUGUGACAGUGGAAGAUCUAAUUAAGCCAAAUACAAAUAUGUCAGAAAAGCAUCUGUCCUGCAUUUCCAAAGGACUCAGUGUUUUGUAUGGGAUUUUGUGCAUUGGGAUGGCAGCACUGGCCUCGCUGAUGGGAGGAAUCUUGCAGGCGGUCAUCAGUAUAUUUGGAGUUAUUGGAGGUCCAUUGUUAGGCCUCUUUGUGUUGGGUGUUCUCUGCCCAAUUGCCAACUCUAAAGGUGCAUUGUCUGGCCUCGUGGCGGGGUUUGCGUCGUCGCUCUGGGUUUCUGUUGGGUCCCACAUUUACCCUCCACCGCAAGAACUGACACGGCCCCUGCCCCUCACCACAGUAGGCUGUAACUUCACCAUGGAACAUUCAAAACUUCCAAACUUUACUUACGCAACAACAGCAGCCUCUCCCGUUUGGCAAGAUUUGGAUACAAGGUCUUCUCUGAUGAAGUGGUACUCCAUGUCAUACAUGUAUUUCAGUCCCAUUGGAACCAUAACUGUUGUCUGUAUGGGCCUUUUCGUCAGUUUCUUUUCAGGGGGAACAAAACAAAAGAUGGAAUCAAGGCUUACUUUACAGAAAGAAGACACAACUCUGUUUCACGUGUACACACUCAUCAAGCAAAGAUUUCUGUUAAACAAUGUGCAAGUGAACUUGGCAGAUGGCGGCAAACAAGGAAAGACAAACCUUUCAUUUGUUGAGAGCUGA